GUUUCGUUGAUUAAACAUAUCUAGUCUAAAGAUGAAGUCCUUAUCGUUUAUUAUUUUGACUUUGGCGUUAUUUUUGCCAACCAUUUUGUCGGCACCUAUUCUUGAUUUCGAUGAUAAAUUCGAAUUAAUUCGGACAAGGCGAGACGAAUCCAAUUCUAGUUCCACUCCCAAUUCCAGUUCCAGCUCCACUACUGAAUCUAGUUCUAGCUCCACUACUGAAUCUAGUUCUAGCUCCACUACUGAAUCUAGUUCUAGCUCCACUACUGAAUCUAGUUCUAGCUCCACUACUGAAUCUAGUUCUAGCUCCACUACUGAAUCUAGUUCUAGCUCCACUACUGAAUCUAGUUCUAGCUCUACCUCUGGCUCCAGUUCUAGCUCUACCCCUGGAUCCAGUUCUAGCUCUACCCCUGAGUCCAGUUCUAGCUCUACCUCUGGCUCCAGUUCUAGCUCUACCCCUGAGUCCAGUUCUAGCUCUAGCCCUGGGCUCAGUUCUAGCUCUACCCCUGGGUCCAGUUCUAGCUCUGCCCCUGGCUCCAGUUCUAGCUCUACCCCCGACCCCAGUUCUAGUUCUACCCCUGGCCCCAGUUCUAGCUCUACUACUAAUCCUAAUUCGAACCCCACUUCUAAUCCCAAUCCCAGCUCCACUCUUAACCCCAAUUCUAACACGACUCCUGACAGAGGUUCUGGUAAUGGCUCAAGUUCAAACUCAAACCCAUCCGCUUCAAAUACUGAUCGAGGUAGUGCUGGAAUCAAUGGCGGAAAUUCUGGUACAAAUUCUAAUAGUAAUGCCGCUCGGCUUCGACGGCUGCAAAGACUUCGACGUCAGCAAGUACGUCGCCGUCAGCAAGCACGCCAGCGUCGUCAACGUGCAGCACGUGCACGCAGAGCUCGAAGGACGCGCCAACUUCGUAACAAAAGACGUCGUGAUCGCCAACGGAGGUUACGUAAUCGUCGUAGGCGCAAUCGCCGCAUUCGUGACCGCAGACGUCGGAAUCGCAAUCGCCGAAAUCGCAAUCGACGUAAUCGCAACCGCGGAAAUAGGAAUCAACGCGGUUAAAUUUCCUCUGUAAAAAGGUUUGGU